AUGGCUCAGGAUGAGGGCGAAUCCUCCAAGUCCCCUGCACAGCAGGACGAGAUCGACAAGAUGGCGGCAGAGCUCGCUGCCGGGCGGGCCAGGCUUGAUGCCAUGGAAAGCAAGCUGGCUGCCCUGAAAGGGAAGCGGCUGGCGGCCGAGGACGCGGCCGACCGCGCUGCUGCUGCUGCUGACAAGGCCAAGGCGGCCGCUGACCGUCACGCUGCGAAGCCCACCCACCAGUUCCAGGCUUCCCUCCAGAAGGCCAUGAACGACAAGGCCGUCGCCGUGGCAGAGUGCGAGAAGCACCGUGCCCGGGCUGAUGACGAGGCGGCUGCGCGCCGCGCGGCCGAGGCGGCCCGCGCUGAGGCUGAGGCCAAGGUGGCCCAGCUGCAGGAGACACUGGCUGCGGCAACCGAGUCGGCCGACGGCCGCAUGGCGGCGACCGUCGCCGCGCAUGACUCCCUGACCACUGUGCUGGCGCAGCUCCAGCGCAUCGCAGGUGGGCAGGACGUGUUGGGGGCUUUGCACUCGCUGCUGUCGGGCAAGGGCCCAACCUCCGCUCUGCCGGCCCUGCGAAGUGGGGGUAGUCGUGGCGCCGGGGGCACUGGGGCCGCGGGGGCUAGUGGCUCAGCCCCCGCUGGUGGCGCCGGCGGCGCAAGCGGCUCGGAUAAUGGGGGUAAUGACGGUGGUAACCCACCGGACGGCGGCCCGCCUGGGGGUGGCAACCCGCCUGGUGGCGGUGGUCCGCCGGGCGGUGGUGGUCCGCCGGGCGGCGGUGGCCCACCGGGUGGCGGUGGUCCCCCGGGGGGCGGCCCGCCUGGGGGCGGUGGCCCGCCAGGUGGCGGUGGCGGCCCGCCAGGAGGCGGGGCCCCUCCGCCACCAGGCGGCGGUGGCGGUGCACCUGGGGGCGGGGCUCCUCCGCCGCCCCCUGCUGGUAACCCCGGGGCUGCCCCAAACAACCUGAACCCCAACGGCAACGGCGCGGGCCCGAGCGGCCGCGACGGCAACGGGGCGGAGUGCGGGUGGUACAACAUCAACGACCGCAAGAAGUACUCUCGCCCCAGGGCUCAGCUCCCCAACCCCCGUACCUGCUGGCACUGCCUCAAGGGCGAGCACCAGGCCAAGACCUGCACCAACGCCGUGGCGCAGGGCGCCAAGCUGGUGGCCAGGCCGGCCUAG